AUGUUGUCUGCAAGAUACGGUGCGUCGACCAUGAUCCAGGGUGUGUCUACCGUUGAUGACGCUGCACAGUUAUACACCCUCGUCAAUGGUAUGAACGGGGAGGAAGAUGGCGACGUCCGCCUUGAGGCUAUGCCUGCAGUAGAUGAUCUUCUUGAGCUGGACGAGAUGUCCCCUGAAGAGUUCGGCAGUGCCUUGAAGGCAGGCAAUUUAGCCAAAGCGGUCAUUGUACGACAGGACGAGGAGAUAAACUCGCCAUCGCUUUUGGAUGAAGCUGUCUUGGAAGGCUGUGUUGUCGAGACUUUAGCUUCCUGUCCUCUCGAUGAUUAUUUGGACUAUCGGAUCGGACGAUAUACCUGCGUAUCGAUCUUACCGCGCCUAACGAACUAA